CUCCGCGCGGGUUAGAUUAUUCGAGAAGGUCAAGACCUCGGACAAUUGCCUCUGCCGACACCACCAACACCUACGCUCAAUCACUCGACUACCUCUCACAUCACCCUCACAUCACCCUCACCCAUCAACAUCAUGCCUCGUCAACGUGGAGGAGCCGCGCCUGUCCGCCCCAGGCCCACCGUCCCGGCCGCAAAGCCCCAGCCAGCACCCGCCCGCCAGCACUCCACCGCCGCCGCGCCCGCGCAAGCUCCUGCCGCCGCCCCUCCUGCGGCCGCCCCCCAGGGCCCCGGUCUCUUCGGCCAGAUGGCCUCGACCGCCGCCGGUGUCGCAGUCGGAUCCUCGAUCGGCCACGCGGUCGGCGGGUGGUUCUCGGGCGGCAGCAGCGCGCCCGCCGAGGCCGCGCCCCAGAGCGCCGAGUUCCAGCAGCAGCACCAGGUCAACACGUCGGCGCAGGCGCAGGCCGGGCCUUGCGCCCAGAACGUCACCCAGUUCCGCACCUGCAUGGACGAGAACCAGGGCAGUCUGACUAUCUGCGGGUGGUACCUUGAUCAGCUCAAGGCGUGCCAGGCGGCUGCUGGGCAGUACUAGGGAUGUAGCUGCAAGUGUAAUAUAAGCAUCGGAAUACCGCUAAGAUGAGCAUCUGAACUGUUAGAGAAAGCACCUGAACUGCUAAGAAUAGUCUUGCACCCUCACCGUGGCCGACGUCUCAACAUCUUGGAAACCAGUGAUCUAUUGAUGCGUCUACAAACUGACUCCUGCGCCACAGUACUGUCACACAACAUGCAGCGCCUCCCGCGACUUCAACCGCACGAACCCCGGCCUCUCCGGCCCAAUCAACGUCCCCAUAUCACUGAAAUCCAGCCCCAC